AUGCACGGGAUUUGGAGUAAGAAGCUGGCGCUUAAAAUACUAUUCAUUGGAAUAGGAAUUGGAUUAUUACUGAAUCAUUAUUUUACAAGGAUCAAUCAUUCAAAGUACAAAGUACUCAACUCACAGCCAAAGAAACUCAUCGUUAAAGAUAAGAAUCUUGAUUUACCCACACAUGAUUUAUAUCUUGGACCUGAUUUCCCUAAACGCGAUGCUGUUAAAUCUGCUUUCAAGCACGCGUGGUUUGCUUAUGAGAGGGACGCGUGGGGAUCCGAUGAAUACCAUCCAAUUUCUCAAUCUGGCUCAAAUCUUUCAAAUUCAGCCGGAAUUGGUUACACUAUCAUUGAUAGUCUUGAUACUAUUCAACUCAUGGGUCUCACCGAUGAGUAUGCCAGAGCAAGAAAUUGGAUUGAAAAUGAACUAUCCUUCGACGUAGAUGACAAAUUCAAUACCUUUGAAACUACAAUCCGCGUCCUCGGUGGUUUACUAUCGUCUUACUAUCUCUCAUCAAACCCUUUCAGUCAAAACCUAAGCAAUCCAGACCCUUUGUACCUUAAUCUAGCUGCUGACUUAGGCGAGCGCUUGGUAUCCUCAUUCGACCAAGACUCCGGUCUUCCUCUAUCUUUCGUCAACUUGCAUCGAAUGGAGGGUAUAUCCGAUCAAGAUAACAGAGGUUUCAUAAGUACAGCAGAGGCCGCAAGUCUGCAAUUGGAAUUCAAAUACCUUUCUCAACUACUAGACGAUUCUUUAUUCUGGAGAAAGUCAGAAGGAGUCAUGCAACUGAUCAAGGAUGCUCCAAAAAGAGAUGGCUUGGUACCUAUUUUCAUUGAUCCUCAUGUUAAAAACUUCUACUUUAGUUCAAUCCGACUGGGUUCUAGAGCCGACUCCUACUACGAGUACCUCUUGAAGCAGUACCUUCAGACAGCAAGUACCGAGCAUGUUUACAAAGACAUACCUGAAUACCGGCCAUACAACAAGCAAGACCAUCUGGUCUGCUUUUUGCCAGGACUCUUUCUCCUCGGCGUUCACGAAGGCAAAAGUCAUCUUCCGCUAGAUCAAAGUACAUUCACCACUCAACAACGUGAGGAUUGGUGGGUUGGAGAAGAGUUACUCAAAACAUGUUACGACACAUACACCUCAACAAAGUCGGGUCUGUCCCCGGAGAUUAUUCACUUCCAUCAAGUUGGCGAUUAUAGAGGACAGAAGGAGGAUUGGUACAUAAAGCCUUCACGUGGUGAAGACACAAUCGACGGACGUUAUAUUCUCAGACCGGAGACUGUGGAGUCCAUCUUCAUAGCAUUUAGGCUAAGCGGCAACAACAAGUACAGAGAGUGGGGUUGGAGCAUAUUUGAAUCUAUAGAGAAGCAUGCAAAAAUAAACAGCGGCGGAUACGCUAGUAUAAUGAAUGUGAACAAAGUUCCAGUAGAUCAUGAAGACAAAAUGGAGACGUUUCUACUGAGUGAGACGUUCAAAUAUCUUUAUUUACUAUUUGAGGAUAAUUCAGUAGCACCUUUAGACAAGGUAGUAUUCAACACUGAAGCACACAUACUACCAAUAUUCAAACCAUCUUUUCAAACUAAUGUAAUCUAA